AACAUUGACUUUUCAACACCCUCCCCACCUCUCGCUGAAGUGAACCACCCAGUUCUUCCAGAGGCUACGAGUCAGUCGACAUUCUUUCAGAAUUUUGACGAGUAUCCUCCUCCAUAAAUUUAUUACCAUUUGUUCUUUUUCUGUAGAUUUUAGCGUUCUGUGCCCAAUGUGGGUGAAAUUUUGUGGGACUAUUUGAACUUUACAUUUAACCUGGGAGGAGGAGGACCUCAAGCAUAGGAAGAUGGAAGCGUCGUGCAUCUUCUGUGGCGGCGUGUCAACAUCACUGUUGAAGUCCCCGGCCCUCCGCCACCGUCCCAUUGAAUCAAUUUCUCUUUACCGCAACAGGAACCUAGUGUUCGUAGCUUCUCCAAUUUCACAUCGUGUUUGGGCCAGUGCAAAUAAUAGCAGCAACAGCCGCAGUGCCACCAAGAGAAGAAGCCGCAAGAAUAGAGAAGAUGCCGGUGGUUCUGAUGUCACCAACAAAAAUACUAACAAGAAGGCUGCAGUAUCUGAAGAAACCAGAAAGAAAGUCAAUGAUCAAGAAAACGGUCCAAGGAGCGUGCGUGCUCUGUAUCAGAGUGGAGACCCAUUGGGACGGAGGGAAUUGGGCAAAGGCGUUGUGAAAUGGAUAUGCCAAGGAAUGAAAGCCAUGGCUUUGGAUUUCGCUAUGGUAGAGAUGCAGGGGGAUUUUGCCGAAUUGAAACAGAGAAUGGGACCGGGUCUGACCUUUGUUAUUCAGGCUCAGCCUUACCUCAAUGCCGUUCCCAUGCCCCUAGGCCUGGAGGCCAUCUGCCUCAAGACUUGCACUCAUUAUCCCACACUCUUCGACCACUUCCAGAGGGAGCUCAGGGACGUUCUCCAGGACCUCCAGCAUAAAACACUCAUUCAUAACUGGCGUGAAACUGAGUCAUGGAAGCUGCUCAAGGAACUCGCCAGUUCAGCCCAGCAUAGAGCCAUCGCGAGGAAGACUUCCCUGACCAAAUCUGUCCAUGGUGUCUUGGGAUUGGAACUCGUCAAGGCUAAAGCCAUGCAGUGCAGAAUUGAUGAAUUUACCAAGCAAAUGUCUGAUCUACUUCGGAUAGAGAGGGACGCCGAAUUAGAGUUUACUCAGGAUGAGCUGAAUGCUGUACCCACACCUGAUGAUCUUUCCAGUUCGUCAAGGCCCAUAGAGUUCUUGGUCAGCCAUGCCCAGGCCGAGCAAGAACUUUGUGACACAAUAUGCAAUCUGAACGCGAUCAGCACAUCUACAGGAUUAGGAGGAAUGCAUUUGGUUUUGUUUAGAGUUGAGAGAAACCACAGAUUGCCACCCACUAACCUUUCUCCCGGAGACAUGGUCUGUGUGAGAGUAUGUGACAAGAGAGGGGCUGGGGCGACAUCUUCCAUGCAAGGAUUUGUUAAUAAUCUGGGGGAUGAUGGAUGUAGCAUCAGUGUGGCUCUGGAAUCCCGUCAUGGUGAUCCUACCUUUUCUAAACUUUUUGGCAAGAGUAUCCGCAUAGACCGCAUCCAAGGAUUGGCUGAUGCAAUCACAUAUGAGCGUAAUUGUGAAGCUUUAAUGAUGCUUCAGAAGAAAGGUUUACAGAAAAAGAAUUCUUCAAGAGCUGUUGUGACUACAAUUUUCGGAGAUAAAGAAGAUAUCACAAGGUUUGAGGGUAAUAACUUGGUAGAUUGGUCUGAAGUGGAAUUAAGUGGAUUGUUAGACACUGAAUUUUAUGACAGUUCCCAGCAAAGAGCAAUUGCAUUAGGUUUAAACAAGAAGCGUCCUGUACUGAUAAUUCAGGGGCCUCCUGGAACAGGAAAGACUGGUGUGCUGAAGCAAAUAAUUUCACUUGUUGUCAAACAGGGUGAAAGGGUGCUUGUCACGGCACCUACUAAUGCAGCUGUAGACAACAUGGUUGAGAAACUGUCUGAAAUCGGUGCUAAUAUUGUGCGGGUCGGUAAUCCAGCACGGAUAUCGCCAACCGUAGCUUCCAAGUCAUUGGUUGAAAUUGUCAAUAGUAGACUUGGAGAUUUUAGAUCAGAGUUUGAGAGGAAGAAAUCUGAUUUAAGAAAGGACCUCAGCUAUUGCUUAAAAGAUGAUUCUUUAGCUGCUGGCAUACGUCAGCUUCUGAAACAGUUGGGGAAGACAAUGAAGAAGAAGGAGAGAGAAACAGUUAGAGAAAUUCUUUCAAGUGCUCAAGUUGUACUUACCACUAACAUUGGAGCAGCUGACCCAAUGAUCAGAUGUCUUAACUUUUUUGAUUUGGUAGUCAUAGAUGAAGCGGGCCAAGCCAUUGAACCUUCUUGCUGGAUUCCAAUAUUGCUAGGAAAGCGUUGUAUACUUGCUGGGGAUCAAUGCCAACUUGCUCCGGUGAUCUUAUCUAGAAAAGCCUUAGAAGGUGGUCUAGGAGUAUCUCUUUUGGAGAGAGCAGCAACUUUGCACGAAGGGGUUCUUGCAACAAAGUUGACAAUACAAUAUAGGAUGAAUGAUGCAAUAGCUAGCUGGGCUUCAAAAGAGAUGUAUAAUGGGUUACUGAAGUCGUCUGCAAGUGUCACUUCUCAUCUUCUUUCAGAUUCCCCGUUGGUUAAGCAAACAUGGAUAACGCAAUGCCCAUUGCUAUUGCUCGACACAAGAAUGCCAUACGGAAGUUUAACUGUUGGCUGUGAAGAACAAUUAGAUCCAGCUGGCACAGGCUCUUUCUACAAUGAAGGAGAAGCAGAUAUUGUUGUACAGCAUGUUUUUGCCUUGAUAUAUGCUGGUGUCAGCCCAGCAACCAUAGUAGUGCAAUCUCCUUAUGUUGCACAAGUGCAACUGCUAAGAGACAGGCUAGAAGAGUUUCCCCUAUCCACGGGUGUUGAGGUUGCAACUGUUGAUAGCUUUCAAGGCCGCGAAGCAGAUGCUGUGAUUAUAUCAAUGGUCCGCUCAAACAACUUGGGAGCUGUUGGGUUUUUAGGAGAUAGCAGGAGAAUGAAUGUAGCUAUUACAAGAGCACGUAAACAUGUGGCAAUUAUUUGUGAUAGCUCCACAAUAUGCCAUAACACCUUUUUGGCAAGAUUGUUACGGCAUAUUAGAUAUUUUGGUCGUGUGAAGCAUGCCGAGCCUGGUGAUUCUGGAGGAUCUGGACUUAGCAUGAAUCCGAUGUUGCCUUCAAUUAGUUAACAUUCCAAACAAUAGCAAUUAUACCAUGGUCUACUUCAAAUUGCGGUUGUGGCGUGCAUGAAUGUGAAAUAAAUACUCAGCAAGUCCUGCAAACAAGAUAUCUACGUGCUGGUUUCAACAUCCCUACACUGUUGGCUUUUCAGUUAUGUGACCGAAAGCAACCAGAAUGUUGUUUUCAUAGAAGAGCCACAAGUACAUACAGAAACUUCAAUUCGAUGUAAGUAAUUGAUAGCACUAUUGAAUAUGCUCUGUAUAUUUGUUAUGACAAGCCUCUUGCAGGUAAAGAUACUACAGUGACAUGAUUGUUUGCAAUUGAUUCUUUGUCGUUAGGUGGUAGUUUGAGUCAA